GCAAAGCAUGAUGGGUCCUGGGAUUUCAACAAUGGCGGCGGGAGGUUUGCAGCUGCAGUGUUUAGUGGUGUUAUUUCUGUUUUUACCAAAUAUGUUUAGAGUGUUAAUUGAGAAAGCGAGUGGUGCCGCCGUGUGGGAUGAGAGCGGGUACUUAUUGUACUGUCCGUGCAUGGGACGUUUUGGGAACCAAGCUGAUCAUUUCUUGGGAUCACUGGCUUUUGCUAAAAUGAUAAACAGGACAUUAGCUGUUCCUCCCUGGAUAAUCUACAGACAUCACAUGCCUCCUUAUACCAACAUGCAUGUUCCUUAUAAAGAAUUUUUCAAAUUGGAGCCUCUCCUUGAGUACCACAAAGUCAUCAGCUUAGAACAGUUCAUGGAGGAACUUGCUCCCAUGCAUUGGCCUCCAGGCAAGCGUGUAGCAUACUGCUUUGAUGCAGCAGCUCAGAGAAGUGCUGAUAAAAAGAGUUGUCCAAUGAAGGAGGGAAAUCCUUUUGGUCCUUUCUGGGAUCAUUUUGGAAUUGAGUUUGAUAAGUCUGUUCUACUCUCAGGCAUUGCUUUCAGUUCUUACUAUAAAGACACAUGGCUCAAAAAGUUUACACCUUUGGAGCACCCUGUCUUAGCUUUACCUGGAGCUCCUGCUCAGUUUCCAGUACUUGAGGAACAUGUUCACCUUCAAAAAUAUGUAGUUUGGGAAGAUACAUUUGUUUUGAAAGCACAAGGUUAUAUUAAAUCACUACUUGCCAGGCCUUACGUGGGAAUACACUUGAGGAUUGGCUCAGACUGGCAAAAUGCCUGUAAACUUCUGGAGGAUGGCAAAAUAGGAUCACACUUCAUGGCGUCACCGCAGUGUGUGGGAUAUAAUCGCAAUACUGCCAUCCCUCUGACUAUGAACAUGUGUUUGCCAGACUUAAAAGAGAUUAAACAGGCUCUGAAACACUGGGUAAAUAAGAUCAAGGCUAAAUCUGUGUACAUUGCAACUGACUCGGAGUCCUACAACAAAGAAAUAGAGAAACUUUUUAAAGAAAAGGUUAAGGUAGUAAGUCUCCAGCCAGAUGUCGCUCAGAUAGACCUGUAUGUCCUUGGACAGGCUGAUCACUUUAUUGGCAACUGUGCAUCCUCAUUUACUGCUUUUGUAAAACGAGAACGGGACAUUCAUGGAAAAACAACUUCAUUUUUUGGGAUGGAUAAUGGCAAGGGCAAAGAUGAGUUGUAGAGUGUAUGGCAAUUUUAAUUAUCAAAAUGCAGGUCUAAGCACAUUAUAAACCUGCCUUUACAAAAGUCUCCAGUAAAGGCUAAUUUGAACUCUUUACUGAAGGAGGUGAGGAUCCCACUUACAUAGUAAUCCAAUGAACUUCUAAAAAACAUUCAAAAUAGGGUUUGUGUAAGGAGGUUAAGGACACCAAACAAAAUCAUUUAGGAUAGUGAGUGAUUUGAAUAACUUUUUGAUGAAAACACUAGUAGACACUAGUAUAAGUUGUUGUUAUUUGUUCAGGCAGUGUAUAAUUAUUAAAAAAAUAAGUUGCAUAAAAACACAUGAAAUCAGCUUCUAAGUUAAUCCACAGUGUAUCCUUUAAGCUUAUUGGUAGAUGCCAAAAAACACACCUAACAUGAAAAGAAUGAUUAUUUAAAGCACAUGUAUUGGAUCAUAGUGUUCAUUUGGCCUUUAUAUUGAUAUCUGGUGAAGUACACAUGAGAGUUACUUAAUGCACAUUUGAUCACAAGAAAAGAUAUUUUAUAGUACAUUUAUGCCUAAAGAAAUUGUAAAAUAUAAGUCAAUCAAGCUGCUUUUCUGGGUUUUUUUUAUAUUUUUAUUAAUACUUUUUUCAAAAUAUAUUAUUUUUUUUUCCUAACAGUAUGUCUUUUUGGCAGAUAACAUACUGAUGUCUUAGUUUUAAACCUGAAAUGAAUCCAUACUGUGUUUAUUGCUUAACAAGGCAACAUAACUAUCAGUUCUACAUUUUUUAUAAAAUAGUUGCUAUGACAACCACAUACAGUACAUGCCAGGCAGCCUUUUUAUUUUUUGUCACUUUGGCAUCCUGGGUAAUCAAUACAGAUUGUCUUCAAUGUAUUUAUUUUUUGGAAAGUCAGUUCAUAAUGUAGCAAAACAUUAAUAAAACAGACAAGUAAUAACAUGCACAUUUCUAGUUUAUACUGUAUAUUCCUUGUUAGUUUGAUUAACCUAAAUAUGGACAUUAAGAUAUGUUGCCCUGAAUAUCAAAUACUGUAAUAGGUCUGUUCUGUUUUGCUUGUCAUUAAGUAUACCUCAGGAAUUUGUUAUUACAUUUAUAAAAGUAUUACAUGGAAAUACAAAACAAGUUUCAAGCUGCAAACUUGGAUUUUAUUAAGUUUGAAUUAUGUUUCAGAAAAUUAAGCAUUCUGUAAAUUAUCUAUGAGAAAAUAAUUCAUUCUGAGAAAACUAUUUGUCAAUCAUGUACAUAAUGGUUAUGUUUGCUAUGACUAGACUAAAAUUUCUUGGAAAUUCUUUUUUCUGAUUAAUUGCAAAAACAUUAUGCAAGCUUUCCUGAUUUAGAAUUGUGGCAAAAUUUUAAUUUCUCAAUGCAUUUGGAUUUUAAAUUUGUAGCUAUUUAAAAUGUAUUCUAAUCAGUCCAAAAUGUAUUGCACAUUUUAGUUUUUAAGAAUACACUGGGCUCCCAUUAAAAAAUAUCCAAAGGUC